AGUCUUCUUUUUGCAUUGGUUCUUCCUGCAGCGCCGGUGGGCGUACCCGUGUAACCGUGGCGGCGAAGAGAAAGCCCGGCUGCUAAACUCGGAAGGUGGCAGGGAGGCGGCUUUUGUCUCCGGGGCCGCUUCCCUCUCGUCUGGGGCGGCAAUUGGAGCAGAAAAGAGCGAGCUAGUCAAGCGACGGCGGCGACGCCGUCGCAGGUGGAGAAAGAGGGCAUGGCGGACAAGGACUCUCCGAGCGCCAGGGAGCUCUCUCAGUUUGUGAGUACGGCCGACGCUAGUCCGAGGCUUCGCGGCUGGUAUCGCGCACGACGCGAAUGGGUGUGGCGGCUCUUGCAGGAAGCCGCCAGACAUACAUACAAGCAGAAAAUCUUCUACAACAGCUGCAAGAAAACUUUGAAGAUCUGACUGAUAAAUUAUCUCUACAAAUGGAUGAGAUGGGUGAACGAAUAAAUGAUUUGGAAAAACAUGUUGCUGAACUAAUGGCUGAAGCUGGAAUAGAAAAUACUAGUGAAGAUUCUGAACGAACUGAAGGCAUCAAAGAAACCCUGCACACAACAUGAAGAUUUUUAAAAUAAUAUUCCAAGAAUAGGAGACCCUUUCCUUCAUGGCUUAACUAUUG